AUGCAUUCUGAGCAGUCACAAAGAAGGGAGAAAUGCGAGUACAACCAUAGGUUGUCUCGAAAAGGGUACGUUGGUUUGGAUGAUCAAUUGGAAGAAACCAUGCUCGGUGAAGAAAUCGAUCGAUCUCUGCUAUGGAAGAAGGCAAGAGAAGAUAAACAGGGAAACAUCCAUGAUCCAAAGGAUGAUUUGAAAAAACAAGUCCCUGAGGGCACUCUGACUGCCUCUGGGAGCAACGAUGUUUUGACAUUGGCUUUGGGAACCCCUGAGCAUGCUGGGAGGGUCAGAGGUGUUGGAGUUGGGGUUUCCCCAACUCAAUUCUUCAAUUUGCCUAGACAGCAGAGAGUAUAA